AUGGUUCAAGUAUCACAAAUCAACGCUUAUUAUUCAUUGAAAAAUAAAGCGGAUAAUUUUAACUUACUUUGUAUUGUGGAAUCUAUCAUUGGUGGUCUUAUGCUUGAACAACCUAAUAAUCCUAUUGAAUAUAUUAAAAAUCGUUUAAUUGAUACAAAACAUAUACAAGAACAUGUUAAACUACAUAAAGAAUUAUAUAUUUGGCCACAUCAUCCAAUAUUAGAUUCAUCUAAAUCACUUACAACUAAUGAACAUCAUAAAUUUCUUCAAAAUUGUUUCUAUCAUCGUAUAAAACGUUUACAAGAAGAUAAAUUGUUUCUUGAAAAUGAAUCUAAACCUAUUGAAACUACAAAUCCAUUAUUUUCAUUAACAGAACUUGAUUUAAAUCCAUAG